GGGAAAGGAAGCUGUCAAAUACUCCUAUAUUAGGGCUCCCUUGUCGAAGUUCCUGCUAGCUGGAAAGCUUGAAGUUGUAACAAGGGCUCCCUGCAGGCUCGCCAGCAGAUUGCACUGUGCAGCCGUUUAUGAUGCUACUGUAAAAUGCGGUCCCCUGCUCAGGAGAGUUCCUGAUUUGUAGUCAGAGACACGCCAAGCUGGAAGCUGCUGACGCUGUAUGUUUGCGAUGGAGUGGUUAGACCAAGACGCCGAGGACUUCUCGUCCCCCUCAGGGAGUUUAGCUGGUGACGAAUCGGGGUCAGAGAUCGACGAACUGCCGUUGCACCACCGACACCACAAUGAGAACCCAGCCCCUAGCUUUGACUCGCCCGAAAUGUUGGCAUCGUAUGUAGGGUCACCCAUGAGGGACCAUCACAGUCAAGGAUUAGCCUUCUUUGAUGCAGCGGAUUGCCCUCAGACUGAUGAUGACUUUAUAGAUGACAGUGGACCUGAGGAUGGAGAGGACUCUGACGCACCCACGGACGCGCAAUCGUCAGCCAUUGCUGAAAUCUUCAGGUGUUUCAUAUGUCUCGGAAAGGUGGUGGAAGCCCAGCUGUGCCCUUGCUGCUCAAAAAUCUGCUGCCUCCGGUGCAUCAAGAGGUGGUUGAUGGACCAGCGGCCCCAAUGUCCCCACUGCCGAGCCUCACUGCGAGUUUCCCAGCUAGUCAAUUGUCGCUUCAUUGCUGACCUCUCAACUGAACUAGAGAAGCUGCAGAGGACCGGAGCGGCAGAGGUGCAAGAGAAGGCCUGUUCGCUGCACAAUAGCCCCAUGUCCUACUACUGCAACACGUGUACAGAGGCGGUGUGCUCCGAUUGUGCAGUAUUUGGCGAGGGACAUCGGGGCCACUCCUUUGAACGCCUGUCCGCCGUAUACGAGCGCCACGUGGAAACAAUCCGCAGUGAAGCCGUCGGCCUGCGGCGGCGCUUGAAGGACCUGUGUGCGCUGGUGUCCGAAAAGGACAAGAACAUCGAAAGGGUGCACAAGGCAAAGGACGAGGCGGGCAUGGAGCUGCAGCUGGCGUUUGAGGGCAUGCAGGCGCGCUUGGAACAACAGUUGAAGUCGAAGCUGCUCACUUUACUCGCUCAGAAAGGUUCGAUGACACAGGAGAUCGAGGGCCUGGACACCAUGAUGCACGACCUGAACGCCCAGCUGGACACGGUCCCCAAGGGCGAGCUCGUCGGGCGAAGCGCGAGUAUCUGCAGCAUGCUUCAAGAAGUCCAGCAGCGACCGACCUCGGACGUCAACCGGACGCCCGUGCCUGCGGACUUCAUCUCGGAGGUCGUUCCUCCGUACGACCAAGGCGAGUUUGUCCUGCACGAUUUUGAGCGAGUGCUGCGACGGACGUCCGCCGCGGGGGUCCCCGCUCCGAGCCCCAGGGGCGUCACAUCCGUCCGGACGGUGGAGCCGCAGCACGGGAGCAACGCGGCGGUGAAUCCGUCGGAAGACGCGUCUGACGGGGCGGGCGUUGUGUACAGUCAGCCAAUCCAAGCUGCCGGGAUCGUGUGGCGGCUCAAGGUCUACCCGAACGGAAACGGAGUGGCAGCUGGCUCUUACUUGUCCGUCUUUCUGGAGAUGGUUCAAGGAGGCUCGGAACCGGCCAAGUACGAGUACAAGAUCGAGAUGCUGCAUCGCACUCGCCCCACCCAGUCAGUGAUACGAGAGUUCGCGUCCGUCUUUGAGGUCGGCGAGUGCUGGGGCUACAACCGGUUCUUCCGACUGGAGGUACUCAAGGAAGAGGGCUACUUGCUCCCAGAAGAGGACGUCAUCACCCUACGCUUCCACGUCAGAGCGCCCACGUACGCCCAGCAGUGCCAGGACCUGCGGCGCGCCCUGGUCGUCAUCGACAGCGAAAAGUCGGACGCCCUAAAACAGGUGGACGUGCUCCGGCGCGCGAUUGCUGACACCCUCUGGUGGAAGCGCCGCCGCAAGAUGCCGGCCAACCGGGACGCGACACCUGGCAGCGGGGACGGGGCAGAGAGCGCCCCAGGCAAGGGAUCCAGGGCGGGCACCAGCGGGUGGGACGACCGUGACGUCAGCAGCGGGAGGCGUGACGUCAGCGGCGAGGGGCGUGACGUGAGCAGGGAGGGGCGGCGCGCUGGCGAGGGAGAGGAGCCCGUUUCCCGCGGUCGGAACGAAGCGGCGGCGCUGGUUCAGAAGCGGGUGUCGCGUCAGAAAGCCGGGGGGGGAAGGAAGAAAGUGGCGGGGACCGGCAAGCGGUUGCGAGAACGGCAGGAGGGGGUGGCGGGAGGAGAGCAGUCCGAGUGCGCGCCGGCGGCAGAGGCGCAGGUGCUGGAGCAGCUGUCGGUCGCGCUGCCGGAGCGGGAUGACGUCAGCGCGAACACGGGCGCGGACAGCCCGGCGGAGAGCGACGAGGAGUUCGUGGAGGCGUCGGAGGGAUCCCCCGAGGUCCGGGAGGGUGUGAUUGCGCUCGAGGGGGAGAGCGGGGGCCCCUCAGAACGGCCGCCGGCCGAGAUCGACGAGCCUGGAAAAACUAGGGGCGUGGUAGAGGCAGAUGUGCAGGGAGGUAUUGGGAACGAGGGUUUGAAAGACGAAACAUCACAAGCGGGCAACGAAGAGAGUGAUGCACUUCUCGAGCGGAGCUCUGGCGAGGCCUUAGCUCGCGAGGAGGUGGUCGCCUCAACCGGGCCGGACGAUGUUCCCGGGCCGAACGAAGUUCCCAAUUUUAGCGGCUCCAGACGAGGGGCGAGGGGUGUCCGUGCGGUUCUGAGACUGUCGGGUCGGCCUGACGAAGUCUUAAGAGAAGGGAUUAACGGACGGGCCAAGGAAGCUGAAGAGAUUGAGGGGUUGGGCAGACGAUAUGCGGGCAGAGAUCAGGAGGCUAGUGCACUGAGUAGGCCAAAGCCAGCUGAAGCGGAGAGUUCGACUAAGAGUAGUUUGCCUGAAUCUGAAGCAAUGGCUGAGGAAACGGACGGUGCUGAGGGCCUGAUGCGCUCUGGAAGUCGACCCGGAACGGAGACGGAAGAAAGCGCGGAAGGGGCAUUGACAAGUGACCCGACAGGAACCAGCGAGGGGGGCAGCUUGGACGGCGUUCCUUCUGAAGAAACAGUGAGUGCGGAAAGCGCGUCGGCUCUAGGAAAAGCAGAUUCGUCGGGGCCGAAAGAACGGGCGUCUGCAAAAGCUGCCAGCCAAGGGGUGCGAUUGGUGAUUGUCAAGGCCAGAGCGACAACGCCUGAUCUACGGGCAGGAGUAUGGAAUGAGGUGGGGCCACUUAGCGCCAACGGAAGUUCAGGAACCGCGGUCGGUAGAGAAUGCCCGGCAGUUGCGUUACCCGCGCUUUUGGCGCUGGUCGAAUCAGCGACUGCCACGUCAACGCCGGCCGGCAGCCCGGGAGAGAUCCGUCGUUUUCGCAAUGCGGAGCAGAGUCCUCUGAGCGGUUUCGACAACAUCCCCGAUACCGACAAAGAGAACAUCCGGAACGGCGACCGGAACCAGGCGCGGGCCCUCGCGCGGUCGCCGUGCUUCAUGGAGCGGGUCGCGAAAGUGAGCGUCGGUGAGGGGAAGGACGGCGCGUGUGCGCUGGGCCGGACGACACUCGGGAACGUUCGCAAGGGGGGUGUGGGGGUUAGCGUUAACCCGCUUGGAGUGGAGUUGAAGAGCCGGCUUCGGGGCGAGGGCCGGUUCUUUGGACGCGGGCGCGACCGGAAGGGCAGUACGGACGAUUUGCGGGCAGGAAGUGCAUCGGCGGAGUCGCAGCUCGAGCAAGUAACGGCGGGCGGUCGUAGGGAUGGGGUUUCGGUCGAACCCGGGCUCGAGGCUGAGGCCUGGCGCAACAAUCCGUUUGUCAGGCAUAGGCCGAGGACCAGCGAGAAGGAGCAAGAGGGCUGUUCCGAUGGGGAGGUAGCAGUUUCGACGGAAACGGAACGCAGAAGAAAUUGGGAAGUGCUCCUGGACCGGGCAAUAUCUUCGAGGGAAGCUCUGGAGGGGCUCCAGGGGUUGGAGGUCGGCAGCGACGGUGGACCGCUGCCAACGUGGAAUGGUGUAGAGGGUAGUAGCCAUCAAAGCCAGGCGGGCGUGGAUUACGCCGACGCCUGAUCUGACGCCAAGGACGAAGGUGGAGAGCCGCUAGCCAGAGUACUUACUACUGAUUGCACGUCUUGACGAGAGUCUGUCUAGUCGUACUGGUUUGAUACUAGCGAGCUAAUAGAUGCGGUAAGUACGGUAAUCUACAACCGGACGGAUAUCAACCAAUUGAUCUGCAUUACGUAGAAUGACCACGAAACCCUCAAUGCACAACUUGGUUGGCUUGGCAAUCGCGCAAAUCACAUUGGAAGUUCCUGCAUGAG